AUGCAGUGCAUUGACGAUCACUUGAACGCCCCAAAACGUGAAAACAUCGAAAUCGAAGAGAGUGUUUUGAAGCAAACAUUCAUGCAUUCAGACAGCAGUACAGAAGCAGGAAGUGUCUCGAAGUCCAUUGACGAAAAAUCUGGAAUCGAGAUCUCCUCUGAAAAAGUCGAGACUGGCAAGGUCGAGUCUCCCAAAAAGCAAUCGAAGCAAUGGGGAACACCCUUUCUUCGGAGAUUUCGUUAUGCCUGGGCAAGUACCUAUCGUAAAACCUUCGCCAUAAUCUUCACCGUUAACCUCGCUGUGUUCAUCUCCCUCGUAAUCAAAGCAAACAAUGGACGGCCGAACCAGCGGGACAUCGGUACCGCCGCGUCUGCAAACAUUCUAACCACAAUCCUAUUCCGCCAAGAGAAUUUCCUCAACUUGAUAUACGAGAUCCUGUCUUGUGCUCCUCACUCAUGGCCUCUAUCUAUCCGCAAGCGUCUUGCAAAAGUUUUCCACUACGGUGGCGUUCACUCAGGCAGCGGCGUAGCCGCCGUAGUAUGGUACAUCAUGUACACUGUUGAAUCGACCCUCCUUAUGAUAGAGGACAAGAAUACACACAACGACAUCCUCGCCAACAUGGUGUGCUCUUGGAUUCUUGUCACCGGGUUCCUCUUGAUACUCGCAACCGCUCACCCACGCUUCCGACGAUCAUUCCACAACUCAUUCGAAGCCUUCCAUCGCUUCGCGGGCUGGACUGCUCUCGCCACAUUCUGGAUUCACAACGUAUUUUCCGCUGCUAUCACCGCCCGGGAAACGGCCUCUACUAUCAGGAUUACUCUCCUCAAAACUCCUUCCUUUUGGACCAUCUUGAUCUCAACAUGUUGCACACUCCUAUCGUGGUCGCGUCUCCGACUCCGUCAUGUUGUUCCCGAAAAACUGUCCGACCACGCAACGCGCUUGCAUUUCCGCUACACACCAAUGUCUCCUUUCUACGGCGUCAAACUUUCUGACCGUCCACUAUUCGAAUGGCAUGCCUUUGCUACCAUUCCGUCCAUCGACGAGGCCACUGGCAAAUCGGUGGGAUUCAGUGUGGUGAUUAGCAAUGCAGGUGAUUGGACGAAAAAGCAGAUCUUGGAUGAUAGUGAGCGGAAGCUGUGGAUUAGAGGGAGUCCGUUACAUGGCCUAUUAUAUACGACGAGGUUGUUCAAGAGAAUCGUGCUUGUAGCUACUGGCUCCGGGAUCGGGCCAUGUUUGAGCUUGAUGCAUGCAGGGAUUACGCCUGCUAGAGUUUACUGGAGCACGAGGGAUCCGUGGAAAACGUAUGGAGAUGAAGUGGUCAACGCAGUACAAAAAGCAGACCCGCAUGCCAUCAUCUGGAACACAGGAACACAAGGCCGCGGCACAAUUGUGCAGAGCGUUUUCAAUCUUGCACAAGAGAGCAACGCCGAAGCCGUGUUCAUAAUUAGUAACCCAAAGGUAACAGACAUGGUAGUGUUUGGCUUGAGGGAAAAGGGGUUUGCAGCUUUUGGGGCAAUCUUCGAUUCUUGA